AUGAUCCGAAACUAUGUCUGUCGUGGCCUUGGACGAGCGUUUUCGCCUGCUUCUAGAAAUUUUGUACGAUUGCUAAAUUUACUGAACACUGGGAGCGCUGGCAAGUUUGCAGAAUGGCCCUGGGGUAGGCCGUCGUUCGUUCAUCUACCGCCCGAUGAGCGCAAGCAGUUCAACGUAUCACAGCUCAACUUUGCCAAAAAAGCCGAUAAUAUUUACACCAGGAACCAUGAGUUCAAAGAAUUGGUCGACAACUCGCUGAAGUGGCUUUUCAACACCAAACUGACAGCAUUUGGGCCAGUGGAAAAGGAAGCCAAGAAAUAUGCAUGGCUUAGAGUUCGAGAAUACCUGUAUGUGCAGUUCAGGAAUGGAGAUUUGGAAAAAGAAGCUCAGAACUAUACUGUCAGCGUCAGCAAUUUUAUUCGGCCUUCAAAUCCCAAGGUUCUGGUGUGUCAGUUACUGAAAUGUGAUGCCGUGUCAGAGGAAAACUGGCAGACGAUUUUGGAGUCCCAGCACGUCACAUCGCAACAGAAACUCAAUCAUAUUAUGGGAUGCAUAUACGACCACAUUUUUGAGCAGGAAAUGCUGCCUUUGGUGGCUCCGAUCAGGUCCAGCACAAAUAGUGCUGAAGACAUCGAUAUAUCAAACCCUGCAGAGUGGUUCCCAGAGGCCAGAAAGCUAAGGAGACGCAUUAUAAUGCAUAUCGGCUCGACAAACUCGGGUAAGACGUAUCGUGCGCUUCAAAGACUCAAACAAUGCGAUCGGGGCUAUUACGCAGGACCCUUACGUUUGCUUGCUAGGGAAGUGUACGAUAGGUUCAAAAGCGAGAACAUACGAUGCAACCUGCUCACGGGAGAAGAAGUUAUAGAAGAGAUAGAUGAAAUGGGGAACCCCGCUGGUUUGACAUCUGGAACAGUGGAAAUGGUGCCGUUGUCGCAAAAAUUUGAUGUGGUGGUUCUUGACGAAAUCCAAAUGAUGGGCGAUUCAGAUAGAGGUUGGGCAUGGACCAAUGCCUUACUGGGAUCGAUUGCCCGCGAAGUUCACCUAUGUGGAGAAAAAAGUGCGCUUCCUCUGGUUGAGAAGAUCGUCAAGAUGACUGGGGACGAGCUGGUCGUGAAUGAAUACGAAAGAUUGGGAGAGCUAAAGAUUGAGGAAAACUGCUUGAAAAGCGGCUUGAAGGGGCUACGCAAAGGCGACUGUGUCGUGGCGUUCUCGAAAAAGAAGAUCUUGGACCUCAAGCUCAAGAUAGAAAAACUCACGGAUCUUAAAGUGGCGGUCAUCUACGGGUCUCUGCCGCCUGAGACACGAAUUCAACAGGCAAAUAUGUUCAACAGCGGCGAAUACGACGUUCUCGUGGCGUCUGAUGCGGUUGGAAUGGGCCUGAACUUGUCGAUCGAGAGGGUCAUUUUCACGACGCAUAUGAAAUUCAAUGGUCAGGAAAUGGUGGAGCUGUCUUCUUCUAACGUUAAACAAAUCGGCGGGCGUGCUGGAAGGUUCAAAGUUGCCAAUGUGGCCGCGAAUGGAGUCGACGAGGGCAAGAAAGCUGCUGUGGGCUACGUAACGGGCGUGGAUCCUACGGUACUGACCGCUGUGAGGACAGGGAUGACGUCUCCGAUAGAAUAUUUGCAAUCUGCGAUUGUUUGGCCCACUGACGAGAUUUGCGGGAAGCUGAUGACGCAUCUGCCUACGGGGGCGCGAGUUUCAACGUUGUUGCAAACGCUGGCGACUGAGGUAGAAAAACGAUCUGCGAAGCUGUUCACGCUGAGCGAUCUCAAAAACCGACUCACCAAUAUCUCGAUGUUUGAACACAUGGACGGAAUACCAUUUUUCGAUAAAAUGCGUCUCAGUAACGCGCCCGUAAAGGAUUUCCCCAUGGUAAAACAGGCGUUUGUGAAUUUCUGCUCGACCAUAGAUCAGCGACAGACCCGGUCAUUGACCAGCUACCCGUUUUCGUUCAAUAUUUUGAACCCGCAAUUCAUCAGCAACGACAAGUACUCGCUGGAGCACUACGAGUCGCUACACAACAUAAUCAUGCUAUAUUUCUGGUUGGGCAACCGGUACCCGAAUUAUUUUAUCGACCAGCAAAGCGCUCACGAGCUUAAGAAUGUGUGCGAGAUGAUUAUAUUUGAAAAACUGGAUCAAUUGAAGCGGAACCCAUAUGUGAGAUCGCCAGCCGCGAGCAAGCGUUCCAAGCCGUAUCUUCGCAGGUAG